AUGGCUACCUCUCGCCGAGGACAACCCUCGCUUUCUGUCCGCAUGCCUUCCAACCAACCCACCGACCGUCCUCCCAUCGACGCCCUCUUCCUCAUCCACUUCGACGUCAAGGCCGGAUAUACAAUUCUUUGGAAACAAAAUGCCCCAGGCAUUGACCUCGAGGGUCUCGUCGAGUACAAGUCCCUUCCUUCUGGGCUACACACCGUCUCCGAAGACCUCAUCUACUUCGUCCACGACAGCGUCCAUGCAGGACUUAGUGCUUUUGUCAACAUACCCUGCGAUGAGGAGGAGGCACGAAAUGCUAGGAUGUUUGCCGUUGGAGUCUUGGUUCCUCUGAGCUAUGGUCGUUUGGGUCGUGCUUGGAGACAUGCUGAAGGACUGAAGGAAAUGGCUGCAAAACUAGCAGGAGAUCGCAAGAACACGAGUAUACUCGAUGAAUAUUGGGUUACCAACCGCGAAAAGGCUGGCAAUGGCAAUCGCCGCCUCUCAGGAGAGACGCCGGUGAGCUCUCCGUCUCUGACUUCACAGCCAUUCCACCGCAAGGCCCAUAACCGCAACCGAUCAGCUUCUGACGGCGCCGCUCUAAUACCACCUGGAAAUAAACUCUCGCCAUAUCAUCCCGCUUGGAGUUUGACCAGUCUCCUGGACAAAUUCGGUCCUCUUAUCUUUCCCAUACAUCGCGCUGCGUUACUACGCAAACGCAUCUUAAUAUCGUGCCAUGCUCCGGUUCAUGAGGUUUGCAAUUUCGUAUAUAACCUGUCUGUCCUCUCCAACAUCCCCCUUUCUGUAAUCGAUAUACUGCCUGGCUCAACUUCAACGCAACGUCUGAGACCACUCUUCUCCAUUGGUGUUCAUGACAUCCCCUUUCUCAUGGAUGACUUUGAAGCAUCCAAGAAAAAACAGAGUGAUGAUGAUGUGAUAGAUGACGAAUCAGGUUCCGGCUGGAUUGCAUGUACUACUGACAGUAUCCUGGCCAUGAAGGACACUCUGUGGGACAUGCUCAUUACUCUGCCCCCUGACUACUCCUCCAAUGCCACAGAAAGGGUUUGGCCCCUGGUGGAAUGCCCCCGUGGACAACCGAUCAAGGCGACUCAGCGGGAUCUCCGACGUUUUACAUCUCUCAAGAAUGGCCUCGCUCGUCUUGAAGCCAUCACUCAAGCACCCAGUAUGGUUCCAGAAUCACCCGAAGAAGAGCGUUUUGCACGCAGGGUUUCUACCCACUCAAACCAUGUUGUUCGUGACCCACGAGAUGAUGCAGUAGAAAAGGUUGUCGAACCUCUUACAUGGGCAGCGUUCGCCUACAACGGUUACAUGUGGUGGGCCAGCGCCGGCGAACAAUUACGCUCUGAACAACAAGAGGAAGCGGCCCAUGAUUCAUCCCUGCUCGCUGAUUUCGGCCAUUCGUCCAUGACCAUGCCUCGACCCGGCUCGCGUUCCGAACAGUUGUCAGACUCGCUUAGCUCUUUGAACGCUACUCGCCGCACCAAUGAUGAUUCUGGCGAGGCCCGAUUCGAACUCGCCAUCAUCGCCUACUUCCACCGACUGACAACGCAAAUACUCUCCGUACUAGCUGAUCUAGCUGACAGCCAAGAUGAGCCCUACACUGACCAAGACGACGACGACGGCCUGUCACAAAUCUCUGACGACAGAACACCACUCCGUCCCUCGGACUCUGAUCCUGAACCGAACGACGCAGACGCCAUUCGUGUAGAUAGCCACGCUGUGGAGAGCAUGGGUCUCGAUGUCUGGAGUGACGCCGAUGCCCUCUUCAUCCGCGAACUAUCCAUCAAGUACUUUAGUCGAUCCGCUCGCAUAGAAGGCAAGGGCGUCGAAGUUUGCGGUGUGAGAGUUUGCUAA